AUGGUGUACAGCGAGAUCAUCGGCCCAUUCUACCGCGAGAUCGUCACCGGACACAGGGACUGGAGAAAAGACGUCAUUCAAAGCACAAAAAUGGAUUUUGUCAACCAAGGGAUACGAGGCCUCAAGUCAACUGACCAGCGCGGUCUGAAAUGGUGGCUCGACAGCUACAUGGGCCGCGAAGUAGCCACCGAGAUAGUCGAGCACUGGUACCGCAGUCGAACCUUCUGCUUCAGUCACCGUCGGUUGAACCUGAUCCCCGAUUUCUUGGAACGCGACGUUUUCUCCAAAGGCCUCAAACCAGGCCUUAUCAUCCAGCACAUGCACGUUCACGUGGCCGAAUACCAAACCAAGACUGAUUACUUCGAUGAGCUAAGAGAUACACUCGGCAAGAUCGAGAACAAGGAUGUCAACUUGCACAUACGUCUUAUCCACAGGACUAGCAUGUCGGCUCGACGGCUGCAACUAGAGAAACUGGGUCCUGUUGUUUACCAGCUAAGAAGGGAAGGGCUGAGUCGCGUUACUGUACAGAGUGCGGGUUGUUGCAAGGACUUCACGUCGCUGUUUGAUGGGGAAGAAGGGCUGUUCAUGGUUUGCCUGGUAUGUUUCUGA